GCAGUAUAUUUUCAAGCCACGGUCUUACUGUUGGCCAACUUAAAUUAAAGUUUUUUAGCACAACAAAGAACAACAAAAAAGGCAGUUAAAAAUAUGAGCGAAACGGCAUUGGCGACGCAGAAUGGGGACUCGGGGAACUGCUUUGACAUCCUCAACGUGUCCACUCUGUUCGAGAGCAGCCUGAUUGGGGAAGAUGACGUCCAAAUGGACGCCUACUUGACUGCCUACGAGGAAAUCAUGAAGUUCUUCCAGCUGAUGGGCAGUGUUUUUAGCUUUGUGAGCAGCGAUGUGCGCAGUAAGAUUGAUAUAUUGUAUGCCCUGAGGGCCACGGACACGCAGGAUGUGAGGCAUUUUGAGACAUUUAAGACCAUGCUGGAGUACGAGAAGGAGGAGCAACUGCUGGCGAAAAAGGGCUACGUGUCGGGGAGUCGUACGCUACUGCGUCUCCAUCGCGGUCUGGACUUUGUCUACGAGUUUCUCAAUCGCGUUCAGGCGCUGGAAGACGACCAAAAGACGGUGGAUGUGUGCAAGACGGCCUACGACGACACCCUGGGCAAGCAUCACUCCUUUCUCAUACGCAAAGGCGCCCGUUUGGCCAUGUACGCAAUGCCCACUAGGGGAGAUCUUCUCAAGCGCGUCUGCUCCGAUGUGGGCCUGGCCAAGGAGAACCUGCCGUCAAUGCUGAACAACAUGCGUAUCAAUUACGAUCGCACGGAACAGCUCUACACGCACCACGACCUGCACAGCUUGCCUUAGAGUCUAUGGAAAUGCCUGGGUUAUAGUCACAAGAUGUGAUAAAGUGAUAGUUACUGCAUACAAAUCAAUCAGUUUUAGCUUUUAAAUAUUGAUAUUAUACACUUAAGCGAGUAGUCUGUCUUUUGAGAUAUAUUAGCCUCAUAUGUAUAUGUGUCCUUUGUCCUUCUAAAUUGUAUAUUCUCCGCAUUCAACACUUUAUCACAGCUUGUGAUUUCCCCAAAAUCUAGUUAAUGUAGCUAAAAUAGUCCAAGUAUUUAUGUUUUUCUGCCUGCUUUAGGUUUAAUUUCUUCAUUCCCGUGCAAUGUUAGCCCCAAAAAGGAUUCCCAAUGCCCCAAAGAGUAAUUAAAAGGCCAUAAAAGCUUUAGUCAUGAAUGAAAAA